AUGGCUGAACUAGUCGGACUAGCUUCUGGAAUCCUCACUUUGGCGACAUUUGCGUUUCAAUGCAGCGUCUCACUCUACGAAACUGUAAACAGUUUCCGUUCACACCCAAGGCGUGUACGCGACCUCCUUAGUGAGCUGGAAGCUUUACGUGCCGUGCUAGCUCCCCUCGUCGAGCUAGUUAAGUCGACCUCUGAUGCCAACCUCUCAAUCUUGGAUCGGCCAUUAUUGCGAUGCGGCAAUGCUUGCAAUGAGUUCCAGCAAGAGUUACUCCAAUGCGUGUCGCGAUCGAACAGCAACCGCUCAAACUUCCAUAACUGGGCCCGGUUGACGUAUAUGGGUGACAAUAUUGACGAUUUCCGCGACUUACUGGCAGGAUAUAAGGCUACAAUCAACAUUGCUUUGACCUAUACUACUCUGCGCCAAUCUACAGAAGCUGCUGAAAGUAUCGGGGACUACGAAGGUCUUAUACAAGAUACGAAGGAGGAUCUGGGAAUUCGGCUCGAAAGCAUUGAUAGAAAGUUGGAACAACUAGUAGAAAAGGAUAUGGAUCAGUCCGGAUCAAAUACGGCCGAGCUACAUUCGCUGAGAGAGGAGCGCCUGAGUACAGAGAAAUGCCUUCAAAUUUGUGCCCAGUUAUCGAGCCAUAUCGAUUAG